AUGUCAUUUUUAAUGACCUCUUAUACGAUAAAGAGGACGCUGCCGCCUUCAGAAAAAGAUCUGACAGAGGAAGAUUUGAUGUUAAUGCAGCCCUACGUCUACGCCUUCGUUCUCCGAUCUAGACAGUGGGCAACCAUCUGGACAGCAGAUCUGAAAGAAGUUGUGUUCGAGAAUAACUUCAACGACCUCGUCAUUUCUGAAGACCACAAGGAGACCGUCAGGGCACUGGUAAGAACGCACGAGAACAAGCGGGCCGCGGAAGUAUCUCCUAGCGUCACACGUAGCGUUGGAACAGCGUUGGACCUUGUCAAGGGCAAAGGGGCCGGCCUUGUCAUCCUUCUCCACGGUCCGCCUGGCGUGGGAAAGACCUCAACGGCUGAGUGCGUUGCCGAUGACACCCAUCGACCUCUCUUCCCCAUUACGUGCGGCGAUAUUGGAGAGACGGCAGCCGAGGUCGAGACCAACUUGCAAUAUAGCUUCAAGCUUACACAUAAAUGGGGUUGCGUGCUGUUGCUGGAUGAGGCUGACAUCUUCCUCGCGAAGAGAGUUUGA